AUGGAAGGAUUGGCUGAUCGUGUUCAACGGAUGGAAGCAAAGAUGAAUUCGUUGGCGACAAUGGCUGAUCUAGAGGCGGUUUCGAUCUUAGACAAGGCUAAUAAGAAUCUUCUUGACAAGAAUGAUCCUUUUAAAACUCCUCUUAACAGUGCAGCUGCUAAAACCGGUUUCGAGAUGCGACCAGAAUUUACUAGCCCUUUCGCAUCUUCAGAUAAUCGUCCUCGAGUUCCUGCUGCAUACACUCCUCCACAAAGCGGAGUAUUUGGUGGUGGUAAUGAUGAUAAAACGAUCAUCGUUAAAGGAUUUGACUCUUCGCUUCCUGAAGAUGAUAUCAAGAGCUUAUUGACUCAAUAUUUCAGCUCAUGUGGAGAGAUUACAAGCGUUGUUGUUCCAAAAGACCAAGUUUCCGGUGCGGUCAUAGGAUGUGCUUACAUUCAUCUAAAGGAAGGAGUAGAGAAGGCUUUGAAACUUAGUGGAAAGGAGGUCCUUGGGCUUAUCCCUACCGUUGUAACGGUCUCGGCCAUUGUUACACUUGUUGAGGUUUUGGUGGCUGAAGAAGAGACGGCUCUAUAG